GAGGUCACUGUGCACAAGCUUCUGGGCUUCCCUGUCCUGAACCACUUCCUGCUGUUCACCUCUUGUGGCUGGGGAAGGCCGGAGGCAAGCUGCAACACAGGCUCUCACCGCAAAACAAUUAGAACCUCUGCCGGUCAGUCGUUUCUGGCAAGGCAACAUUACUCCUUUUCUUUUCUCACGUUCAUUGCCUAUCGGGCCCGAUAACCUUUUUCGCUUCUUUGACAAUGGUUUCCUUUUGGCCGUGGGGGAAGGAAGACGACUCCCCGGCAUUGUUUGAAAAGGUGCUUUCCGCCCUCUCCGCCAAAAUCACAACUACCCAAACGCGGCUCGAACAGAACCGGGCCCAAUCAAGACGAAUCAAACUCCUCUGCUCUCUCUACCUCGGCUUCGCAUACUUGGUCUAUGGCAUCGUCCUGGUGUUGGUCGUGGGAUGGAGAAACAUGGGAGCUUGGGAAUGGACCGGCAUCGCGGGCGGUCCGAUUGUGAUCACUCUUGUUCGCGCUGCCGUCACGGCCUUGUUCGACUACCGCAUUCAGAGGCUUAGUGCACGGCUCAAGGAGUACCAGACAGAGCGCACCAAGACCAUUCAGAAAUUGAAAGACGCAACAAAGUACGAUUCGACUCUGGAGUUGCUGCAGAAAUACGGCGAGGCCGAAAACAAGCAAAAGAAGGGGAAGAAGACAGCUGAGGGAGGUGACGCCGGGGAUCAGGAGGACGAAGGACGGUCGAAGGCGAAGCACUCGGGGAUGCCUCAACGCACGAACAUGCUACCUCCGCCCACGGCUAACAUUCAACGACCUCCCGCACCCCGUCCCGGCACUCCCCAAUCUCGGCCACACAGCAGGCUCGGUACCCCGUCUCAACAACAGACCGCGCAACCCGAUACGGAUGCCUCGGCUGAGUUUGCGCCCAAUGCGUUUGACGGAAGACCGGCCCCUGCAUUCAUGCAAUACCCGCCCGCAGCAAUGGCACCCGCUGCCGAAUCGCACUGGUACGACCGCAUCUUGGAUACUCUCCUGGGCGAGGACGAGACGGCAGCCAAAAACAGGAUUGUCCUGAUGUGCUCUAGCUGCCGGUUGGUCAACGGGCAGGCACCGCCUGGAACAAAGUCAUUAUCCGAGCUAGGCAUGUGGAAGUGCAUGGCCUGCGGGGCUUCUAAUGGGGAACUGGAUGAGGGCAAGCGGCUUGUACAGGAGGUUCUGGGAGGGCGGAGCACCCCCAGCGUCAAAGUUGAGGCUGCCGACGACAACGCGAGUAGAAGCUCGAGCGACCUCGUCGAAGUGGAGAAGGAUAUUUCCGAAACCGAGCCCGAGGGGAAGAGCGCGGUCACUGAUGGGCCACGGAAACGGAGGGGGAAGGGGACUCGUUAACUGGGGUCGGACAUUCACUCUUUUUUUUUUUGAUCUCUCCUUUUUGUUUGGGUCUGUAGAAUACAACGGUCACUUUUUUUUUUCUUUGUCCCAAGUUAUUGGCCUUAUACCCACUGAACAGUUCUGCUCGAGGACAUCAAAAUCCCAUUGUCCCCCUGUUACCCGUGUGUGGCCAUUGUGAGGGCUUAAAGCGAUCUUGGGCGCCAUUACUUCUCAUACUUAAACCCGCUCUCCGUGUUCACCCUGAGUUUAUAGGAUUAUGGAAAGUCAUCCGCUUUAAGAUACCCCAACACAAUGGCAUACUACUCUUACGUACAAU